CCGACCUUCGACCCUCCUUUCGAUCGAUCUCGGGAGGUUUGAAGACGGAGAGAAAGCGAACCGAAGAGAAGCUCAGCGACGUUCCGUUCAUCGACCUCCUGCUCCGGCCUCCAUUCAUGGUGUUCCGGGUUCUUCGAUCCUUCUCUGUGUCCGCGAAGCCUCCUAGUUCGAUCGGAAGGUUUAGAUCUUAAUCGCAUUUUUUUUUUCGUUUUGAGACUGAAAGAGGAGGAUUGUAGAGAGAGAGAUGCUUCGAUUGAGGGCUUUCCGGCCGUCGAAUGACAAGAUCGUGAAGAUCCAGUUGCAUCCGACGCAUCCAUGGCUUGUCACGGCCGACGCUUCCGAUCACGUGUCCGUCUGGAACUGGGAGCACCGGCAGGUUAUUUACGAGCUGAAAGCUGGUGGAGUGGAUGAGCGGCGGUUGGUCGGAGCGAAGCUGGAGAAGCUUGCUGAAGGAGAUUCAGAACCUAAAGGAAAACCAACAGAGGCAAUUCGUGGAGGCAGUGUGAAGCAAAUUGGCUUUUAUGAUGAUGAUGUGCGGUUUUGGCAACAUUGGCGUAAUCGCUCUGCAGCUGCUGAAGCCCCAUCUGCAGUUAAUCAGCAUCCUUCCGCUUUUAAUUCUCCAGUGCCAUCCACUAGAGGACGGCAUUUUCUUGUCAUCUGUUGUGAAAAUAAGGCCAUUUUUUUGGAUUUAGUGACAAUGCGUGGCCGUGAUGUGCCUAAGCAGGAGCUUGAUAACAAGUCUCUUCUUUGUAUGGAAUUCCUAUCCAAAGCUGCUAUUGCUGAUGGCCCUCUUGUUGCAUUUGGUGCAUCAGAUGGUGUUAUUAGGGUUCUUUCAAUGAUAACAUGGAAGCUUGUUCGUCGCUAUACCGGUGGGCAUAAAGGAUCAAUAACUUGCUUGAUGACAUUCAUGGCAUCUUCUGGCGAGGCUUUCCUAGUUUCUGGCGCUAGUGAUGGUUUGCUUAUACUCUGGAGUGCAGAUCAUAUCCAUGAUUCAAGGGAACUCAUCCCCAAGCUAACAAUAAAGGCACACGAUGGAGGUGUUGUGGCAGUUGAACUUUCUAGGGUUAUGGGUGGUGCACCACAACUCAUUUCUAUCGGUGCGGAUAAAACGUUGGCUAUCUGGGACACUAUAUCAUUCAAGGAACUGCGACGAAUAAAACCUGUUCCAAAACUUGCUUGUCAUAGUGUGACAUCUUGGUGCCAUCCUCGGGCUCCAAACCUUGAUAUUCUCACUUGUGUCAAGGAUUCUCAUAUUUGGGCCAUUGAACAUCCAACAUAUUCAGCUUUAACGCGGCCAUUGUGUGAAUUAUCAUCACUUGUUCCUCCUCAAUUACUCGCAUCAAACAAAAAACUCAGGGUAUACUGCAUGGUGGCUCAUACAUUGCAGCCACAUCUUGUUGCCACAGGAACCAAUAUUGGUGUUAUCCUAAGUGAGUUUGAUGCAAGAUCACUUCCUUCUGUGGCUCCACUACCAACACCUCCAGGAAGCAGGGAGCAUUCUGCUGUAUACAUAGUUGAAAGAGAGCUAAAAUUGCUACAGUUUCAGCUGUCUAACACUGCUAAUCCAUCUCUUGGGAGUACUGGUUCCAUACCUGAAACUGGAAGAUCCAGGGCAGAUUCAACAGAGUCAUUGGUGGUUAAGCAAAUAAGGAAGCAUAUAAGUACGCCUGCCCCACAUGAUUCGUACUCAAUUCUCUCUGUAAGCAGUUCGGGAAAGUAUGUUGCGAUCGUGUGGCCUGAUAUUCCUUCAUUUUCGGUAUUUAAGGUCAGUGAUUGGUCAGUUGUGGAUUCAGGGACAUGUAGGCUCUUUGCCUGGGACACAUGCCGAGAUAGGUAUGCUUUGUUGGAGACUGCUUUGGCUCCUAGAAUACCUGUUAUAAAGGGGGGUUCCUCUAAAAAGGCAAAAGAAGCUGCAGCUGCAGCUGCUGCUGCAGCAGCUGCUAGUGCUGCUUCCGCAACAACUGUGCAAGUCCGAAUCAUAUUGGAUGAUGGAACUUCGCAUGUUUUGUCAAGAUCUAUUGAUGGUCGAAGUGAACCAGUCAUCGCUUUGCAUGGUGGUGCUUUGCUUGGUGUUGCAUACCGGACAUCACGAAGGAUCAACCCCAUGGCUGCAACAGCUAUUUCAAGUAUUCACUCAAUGCCAUUGUCAGGUAUCGGCAGUAGUGGAGCUCUUUCAUCCUUCACCCAAGUUGAUGAUUCAUUUUCUUCUGGCAAGCCUUCCCCUGCUGAAGCAGCUCCUCAAAAUUUCCAGUUAUACAGUUGGGAGACUUUCCAGCCAGUUGGCAAUCUUCUUUCCCAGCCAGAAUGGACAGCGUGGGACCAGACGGUGGAAUAUUGUGCCUUUGGUUACCAUCAGUAUAUUGUGAUAUCUUCCCUGCGACCUCAAUACAGAUAUCUUGGAGAUGUUGCAAUUCCUUGUGCUACAGGUGCUGUUUGGCAUCGCAGGCAACUGUUUGUUGCUACACCAACAACCAUUGAAUGUGUCUUUGUGGAUGCUGGAGUUGCACCCAUUGACCUUGAAACAAAAAGAAGAAAGGAAGAAAUGAAAGCCAGAGAAGCUCAAAGCAGAGCGGUUGCGGAACAUGGUGAGUUGGCCCUCAUCACAGUGGAUAACCCCCAAGUUGCAGCAACUGAAAGGAUUUCUCUGAGGCCACCCAUGCUACAGGUGGUACGAUUGGCCUCCUUUCAGCAUGCCCCUUCUAUACCUCCGUUUAUCUCAUUGCCAAAGCAGUCAAAAAUAGAUGGAGAGGACCCAGUUACAUAUAAAGAGGUGGAAGAAAGGAAAGUUAGUGAAGUGGCUGUUGCAGGUGGUGGUGUAUCAGUGGCAGUCACCCGGUUCCCUCAAGAACAGAAGCGUCCUAUCGGGCCUCUUGUUGUUGUUGGUGUCAGGGAUGGGGUCCUUUGGCUCAUUGACAGGUAUAUGUGUGCACAUGCCCUGGCUCUUAGUCAUCCUGGUAUUCGAUGUCGAUGUCUUGCUGCUUAUGGAGAUGCUGUUAGUGCAGUGAAAUGGGCUAGCAGGCUUGGUAGAGAACAUCAUGAUGACUUGGCUCAGUUCAUGCUUGGGAUGGGUUAUGCAACUGAAGCUCUUCAUUUACCUGGGAUAUCUAAAAGGUUGGAGUUUGACUUGGCAAUGCAGAGUAAUGACUUGAAAAGAGCUCUCCAAUGCUUGCUAACAAUGAGCAAUAGCAGAGACGUUGGUCAAGAAAAAAACACCUCUGAUGUAUCUGAAAUUCUCAGUUUGACAGCUGCUACAAAGGAAAAUCUUGUUGAUGCCGUUGAAGGAAUAGUGAAGUUCGCGAAGGAAUUUAUGGAUCUUAUUGAUGCUGCAGAUGCUACCGGGCAAGCUGAUAUUGCCCGUGAAGCACUUAAAAGGUUAGCAGCUGCAGGAUCCGUUAAGGGUGCCUUGCAAGGCCAGGUCUUGAGAGGAGUAGCACUCCGACUUGCAAACCAUGGAGAGCUGACACGACUUUCGGGACUGAUUACAAAUUUGAUUACAGCUGGGCAUGGUCGUGAAGCAGCAUUUUCUGCGGCUGUUUUGGGAGAUAAUGCCCUGAUGGAGAAGGCAUGGCAAGACACUGGGAUGCUUGCGGAGGCCGUCCUACAUGCUCAUGCCCAUGGUCGUCCAACAUUGAAGAACCUCGUUCAAGCAUGGAAUAAGAUGCUACAGAAAGAGCUUGAGCACACUCCAACAGUAAAAACUGAUGCUGCAGCAGCAUUUUUAGCAUCAUUGGAGGAUCCAAAGCUUACAAGUUUGGGUGAAGCUCCAAAGAAGCCUCCAAUAGAAAUCCUUCCACCAGGGAUGGCUUCUCUUUCAGCUCCUCCUAUCACAACAAUCAAAAAGCCAACUGGUGCUUCCGCUGCUGCUGCCAGUGCUGGUGCACAGAACACCACCCAACAACAGCCUGCUAAGCCACUAAUGUUGGAAGCACCUCCUGCUGAGCAUCCGGAUAGCAAUCCUCCGGCUUCAGAACCAUCACAACCAUCACAACCAGCAACUGAGCCAACUCCAGUUCCUGAACCCGUAAAUGACCCUCCAGUUCCUGAGCCAGUGAAUGACCCAACCCCUCCAACUCAACCAGACGCUCCAUCUGAGGCGCCUCCUUUGAUGGCUGAGAAUAUGCCAUAGGUUAUAGAUAUGUCCUAUUUCAAGUGCAUGGUUGAUGUUGCAGUUAUUAAAUCUUAUACUGGUGAAUAUAGUUUUAUCCCACACAGUAACUGCAGAGAUGUGUAAAAUGAGUGGUGAAUUCCUUUUUGGUGUGAUCAACUUAUUCUUUCUUAGGAUUAAGCUGUGUUUAUUAUUAUUAUUACUAUUAAUUUUUUUUUAAUGUAAUAUUGAGAGCUAUUCUUUUAUGUAA